AGUACAGCUCUUUCUUAUUAACGCAUGGUAGAAAUAUUGCGACCACGCUAGAAAUUUAGGUUCUACUAUUCUGCUAUUCCUAACAGUUACAGAAAAGAUGGCUCCAAAAAACGUUAAGGGCAAAAAGGGAACAGCAACUCCAAACAACAAAGGAAAGAAAGGGAAGGCUGUAGCUCCUCCUCCUCCAGUAGAAUCGGAAAGUGAAGAAGAUUCUGAGGAUGAUGAUUCUGAAGAAGAGGUAACUGUACCUGUUACAACAAAAUCAAAUAAAGUUGCACCUAAAAGAAAAGCUGACAGUUCCGAUGAUGAUGACGAUGAUGAUGACGAUGAUUCAGAUGAUGAUGAUGAGCCUAUGCCAGUAGUGAAAAGUCCACCUAAGAAAAUAAUGAAAAAAACAGAGGAAAGUGACGAUGAUGAUGACGAUGAUGAUGAUGAUGAUGACGAUGAAGAUGAUGAUGACGAUGAUUCUGAAGAAGAAGAAGUGCCCGUUAAGGCCAACGGCAUAGCUAAAGUUGUAGCUCAAGCUGAUGAUGAUGAUGACGACGAUGACGAUGAUGAUGACGAUGAAGAUGAAGAUGAUUCUGAAGAUGAAGAAGAUGAGGAGGAGGAAGACAGUGACGAGGAAGAAGAAGGCACAAAAAAGAGAAAAAAGAUGCAAAAUAAUAAACCAGCCAAGAAAGCCAAAACUGAGCCUGCAGCAAAAACAACCCUUCAUGUUAAUAAUGUAGCUGAAAUGCCAGACGAUAAAGUCAAAAAGAUAUUUGAAAAGAAAGGAAUAUCUGUGGCAGAGGUCCGACGUCCAAGACCAGGUGGACGGUUUGUUUAUGUUGAUUUGGCUGAUGCAUCACAACUUGAUCAGGCUCUGAAGCUAGAUGGUGUGAAAGACAUGAAAGUGUCAUUGGCAAAAUCAGAUGCAAAUAAACAGAAAAAAGAAGAUUACAAGUCUUUUGAAGACAAAGAUGCAAUGACAUUAUUUGUGAAGAACCUGGCAGAAAGUGUCACAGAAGAUGUAUUACAAGAAUUCUUCACAGGUUCCACAUCAGUUCGUAUGCCUAAGAAACAUGAUGGCAGUCCUAAAGGAUUUGCAUAUGUGGUUUUCACAAGUGCUACAGAUGUUGAAAACAUGCUUUCUGAAAAACAAGGGGCUGAAUUAGAAGGAAAUGCUCUGUUUUUAGACAAAGCAGGUGGUAAACCAAAAACUCAAUUUGGAUCCCCAGGGGGACGAUCAGAAGGAGAAAAGUCGAAAGUAUUAUUUGUGAAAAAUCUUUCAUACUCCUGCACUGGUGAUACUUUGCAAGAAGCAUUUGAAGGAUGUGUAGGAGCAAGAAUUGCAAAAUUUCCAGACACUGACAAGUCUAGAGGAUUUGGAUUUGUGGAUUUUGAUACAGUAGAAGCAGCUGAGGCAGCAUACAAGUCAAUGGCUGGACAAGAAAUUGAUGGAAGACAAAUAUUCUUAAACUUUGCUGCAGAGAGAGGUGGACGAGGAGGUGGAGGUGGUUUCCGAGGACGAGGUGGCCGUGGAGGUGGUUUCCGUGGACGAGGCGGUGAUCGUGGAGGAUUCAGGGGUAGAGGAAGAGGUGGAGACCAAGGGGGAUUCCGUGGAAGGGGUCGUGGAGGUGGUGGACGAGGAAAGAGUCCAUCUGCCAAAGGAAGUAUACAACACUUUGAAGGAAAGAAGAAGACAUUCAGUGACUAAGAUGUGUCUCAUAUAGAAUAAUUGACUUGGAACAAUGUAAAUAUGUGUAAAUGUAUGAACUGCUAUUGGCAGAUAACAUUACACAUUUUAUCAAUGUGAAUUUGGAUUUAAAAUGACGAUAAUAUUUUAAGUUUUCAUUUAUCAAUACAGAAAUGUUAAGUGACAACUUUUGAAUGGAGGACCAAGUCACUUGACCCUGACAAAUUAUUAGGUCGAAUGUUAAAAGUUCUCCGAAUAACCAUUUGUCCGUGAUCACAUUGUGUCGUACAUUUUCAUUCAGAUCUGUGGAUAUUAUGCAGAAAGAUGCUGCAAAUAUUUGUGACCUGUAGACACAGUAGACAUUUUCUACUUCAUGAGUGUCCAUUUUUUAAGGAUUUUAUAAAUUGUUUAUCUAAUCAUGAUUAAAAACGUCCUGUUUACAUUGACCCCAGGACAUUUGCAGCAGUGACGGUGGGGGAUAUAAAAUAAGUUUAGAAGUUUUGUUCACUGAUCUGUUACAUAUUUUACAAUGUUCAUGUAUGGAAUACUUCUCCAUAUUAUGAAAGAAUGUGGCAUUAAUGUCAUUAUAGAUGUAAUGAACAUUUUUAGAUAUUUUUAGGUGUUUUAGUAACAAUUUUUCAAUAUAUUAAAUUGCUUUCAUAUCAUUUUACCCAAUCCUGCAUCUUUCGUAGAAAUUAAUGGGAGAUAACUACCUUUCAUAUAAGGUAGAAGUAAGUGGUUCUUCUGAUACAAAUGUGUAUCUAGCUGUUAUGGAAUGAUUGUGUUCACAUUUAUUGUUUUGUUUUCCAUUGUAUGUUAAUUUCUGUUGACAAAUAUGCUUACUAUUUAGAUUGUUUUAGCAUUAAUCAUAGUUGAACAGGAAUACAGAAAAUAAUACCAAGCUACUCUCAACUAAAAUAUUUGACAAUGUUUUAUAAAGGUUGAAUGACGCAGCAUCUUAUUGAUAAAUUGUAGAUAGAAAACAUGUAAUCUAUGAAGUUAUAGAUCAUUUAAAUCAUUUGUACAUAGAAACAUGGAAUCUGUGGAAUUAUUUGUCAUGUGUACUUCAUUAAAUCUACCCAAAUUUUG